AUGGGCCCAAACGUCCUUCAGGUCGCUCAAAUCUUUGAGGAUCCGGAGCCUCAACAAAGAGGACGCCAGACGUACCGGAACCACAACCACGCACCCUCUGCAGCCGAAGCUCUGAAUGGGCAGCGGAAAGAGAAUCAGAGUCCUACCAAGCCCACAUACCAACAUCAUCGGGAGAUUUACGCCCCUGCGAGUCCUCUAGGUGAACGGCACAUCAACAGCCCCCCUCAAUCCAGGCGAGUGGCGACCAAGUUGGAGAGCGACCAUCGACCUGUAGCACACCGCAGUCAUAAGAAGACGGGAAGUUCUAUCUCAUUGAAAGGGUUGAUCCUGGGCAAAGAAAGGAAUUUCGACUCGAGCAGUGUGUCAUCUACAGAAGGGCGUGCAAUCGAAAAGAAGCCCAAGAAGGUCAAGUCAGCAGCCAACUUGACCGGACUGCUGAAGCGGAAAUCAAAGAAGGACUUGAGAGAAGAGACAACCUGUGGGGAGAACAAUCUGUCUCCCCAGCGUGCACCCGUGGAGAAUCCAACUCCAAUCUGGGAGCAAUUCGCAACGCAACCGCUGGAAAGUCCAGACGGCACGAUGCUUUAUCCAAUGUCCCAGCGCAGGUCGGUGGAAGAAGAGAUCAAACUCUACACCCCGAAGGACUACUCCGAGUUCCGGCCUGCAGCACAGAGAAACUUCUACGGCUAUGGCCCCGCGGUCCCAAUCUCCCUAGACUCCAAACCUCCUCAGCGCCCAUUCUCGGAGCACAAAUCUAGCAGAAGCUCCAUUUUCACAGAAAACCUGGAAGAAGAAACUAAGCCCGAUCUGAAACAAACAAAGAGUAAGGAGGAAAAUACCAGUCGGCCAGGCACAUCCGGUGCACAGGAGGGGCGGCCACCGCUGGCCAGUCGCUCUUCGGAAAGAUCCCAGUCGGACAACAAGUCGAAAAGAGGAUCCAGAGUGCUUGAGGCCAUUAACACGUUAAACAUGAGAACUCGUCGCAACGCCCGGUCGGUCCCCGCGAGCCCUUCGACCACGAACCCAGCACUCAGUCCCCAGGAGAUCGAGACAGCCUUCGAACAGGUUUUAGACUCAUUGAACAUUCCUCUGAACAUGCGUGACAAUAUGAGAAAUCUCAAACCAGACGUAAAAGCAAGCUUGAUCAAAGGAGACCGGGUCGGCAGUGGAUCGUCGACGACUUCAACAGGUGCCGACGCAUCCGAAUUACGAUCAUCAGAAGGAAGCCCUCGCAAGCAGGAGAAUGACAGACCCAAGAGUCAGGAUGAAGAUGGAAAAGACGGCAAACGGUCCCGAUCGAGAUCCCGACCCCGAAGCCGUAUCUUGACCUUGAGCAAACGCGAUGAGGAUUCGUCUAACAACGCCGCUGACAGACCAGGGUCGUCGUCGAGAUCUCGCAGCAAAUCUCGGAACAAGUCAGCGGAUUUGACGAAUUCCAGGCCCACGUCUUCCAGAGCCAUGGCUUCGACAGUGUCGCUGGCAUCGCUCAAUGCGACCGACAGUGCCACAACCCCUGGGGACUUUAUCCACUACCUGCGGGAGGUUCAGAAGCCCAGCCUGGUUGAGGUCAGCAAGUUACACAAAUUGCGCAUCUUGGUGAGGAAUGAAUCCGUCAGCUGGACCGAUCACUUUGUGACAAAGGGUGGGAUGGAUGAGCUUGUUCAACUAUACUAUCGGAUUAAGAAGAUUGAGUGGCGGGAGGAUCACGAAGACAGCCUGCUCCACGAGACAUUGCUCUGCCUGAAAGGACUUUGUACAACAUCACUGGCAUUACAACGUCUGCAGCAGGUGGAAAAGGAAUUCUUUCCCGCUCUGUUAGGCAUGUUGUUCGAUCCCGAGAGAAAAGGACCGGCGGAGUUCAGCACGAGAGGAGUGAUAGUGUCACUGCUGUUUGCUCAUCUUUCUGCGGCCAUGGAUUUCGAACAGAAGCCCAUGCAGGAACGGGCCGAAACCAUCCUCGGGUUCCUCAAGGAUCCUGCGCCAGAAGACGACAAGCAACCUCUGGACUUUGUUUCCCAAAUGCACGUUCCUCGACCAUAUCGCGUGUGGUGCAAGGAGGUUGUCAACGUGACCAAAGAAGUGUUCUGGAUCUUUCUCCAUCAUCUCAACGUCGUGCCCAUCAUUGAGAUUGACGAGUCUGUCGGUUAUGCUCGAGCUCAUUUCCCGACACCACGCCCGCCUCACCCGGCAGCUCCGUAUGUGGGAGGGGUGGAGUGGGAAGCCACUCAAUAUCUGGCGACCCACCUGGACUUGUUGAAUGGGCUGAUUGCAUUCUUACCCACAGCCUCUGAACGCAACGCUCUCAGAGCAGACCUGAGGAGUUCGGGCUUUGAGAAGGUCAUGGGCGGGACUCUGCGCACAUGCAAGGAGAAAUUCUACGGCGGCGUACAUGAAGGUUUGAAGUGUUGGAUCUCGGCGGCCAAAGCGGACGAUUGGCCGGUAGAAGAUGUGCGAGCUGGUCCACCACGGGAAGCGCUUAGUCCACGCAAGAGCCCGACCAAGAAGAGGACAGACGAAGCCCCCAAAUUGGCCUUGGAUGUUGGCAUUGGCCAUGGAGAGAAAGCUGGACUUGAAGACGUAUGGGUUUAG